AAGUAAUACUAUUUACGAGGCCUCCCGGAAGAUGGCUGCUCGUAAGGUUGAUGCUUUAUUGCUUACUGACUCAAAUGCAUUGCUCUGUGGGAUUCUCACAGACGAGGACAUAGCUACAAGAGUGAUUGCUCAGGAGCUUAAUAUGGAGGAGACACCGGUUUCCAAAGUAAUGACUAAGAACCCAGUAUUUGUUCUUUCUGACACUCUUGCUGUGGAGGCACUCCAGAAGAUGGUGCAAGGAAGAUCUAGACAUUUGCCCGUUGUACAGAAUGGGGAGGUCAUUGCUUUGCUUGAUAUAGCUAAGUGUUUGUAUGAUGCUAUUGCUCGAAUGGAAAGGUCAGCUGAAAAGGGAAAAGCUAUUGCUGCAGCUGUUGAAGGCGUAGAAAAAAAUUGGGGAACAUCUUUCUCUGGUCAGAAUACAUUAAUUCAGACACUUAAAGAUCAUAUGUUCAGGCCUUCACUGUCUACAAUUAUUGCAGACAAUCCAAAGAUUGCAACGGUUUCACCAACUGACACAGUUUUAACGACUGCAAAAAAGAUGCUUGAAUGCCGGGCAAAUUCUGCGGUUGUGACUAUUGAAAACAAACCACGGGGGAUUCUAACUUUUUACUUUGGAUUUCUGAUAGUUCAAAUGAUAUUGAUGCGGGUAAUAGCACAUAAUCUGCCUCCAGAGACUACUUCAGUGGAGAAGGUUAUGACUCCUAACCCAGUAUGUGCAACGCUCAACACACCAAUUGUUCAUGCUUUGAAGACCAUGCAUGAUGGCAACUUUUUACACCUUCCUGUGGUAGAUAGAGACGGAGAAAUAGUUGCUGUUGUGGAUGUGCUCCAUGUUACUCAUGCCGCUGUUGCCACUGUUGGGAAAAAUUUUGCAAUCAAUAAUGAGACUACCACAACAAUGGUGCAGAAGUUUUGGGAUUCCGCAAUGUCCUUACCUCCCAUUGAAGAAGAAGACGAGACAAGAAGCUAUAGCUCAUUGAAGUUGGCUUCUGAAGUAGCAGAUACAGAGAGAUCUCUUCCAUAUCCUUCCUCCACUAUGCCUUAUACAUUUGGUUUCAAAAUACAAGAUAAAAGGGGCCGAAUGCAUAGAUUUAUUUGUGAUACACGCAGUUUAACUAAUCUAAUAUCUGCAGUCCUUCGUAGGCUGGGGGAUGACAGAGAUCGAAACAAUGUGCCUCAAAUCCUGUAUGAAGAUGAAGACCAUGAUAAAGUUGUACUGGCGUCAGACUAUGAUCUUCAAGUGGCAGUGGAACAUGCAAAGUUAGUUGGUUUGAAGGGUUUAAGAUUGCAUUUAGAUUAUUCGGAGAUGAAAGAUGGUCGACGGGCCUCCAAUACACGAAGCUCGGAUUACACAAACUCCGAUGCUUGGACUGCUGCAUACAACACGUUCGCGGCAGGGGCGGCUGUCGUUGCCGGGUUGGGCUUAUUAGCAUACCUGAGGAAAGUCGGUAAUUAGCA